AUGGUACUGGGACAAGACAUGGACGUAGAUACGUCAUUGAGUACACCUAUUAAGAAAAUCAAAGGGUUGAGCCUUGGGUCACCGUUAUAUCCUAGCUUAAAUGAUUUUCAACUGGAUAAUAUGGCGAACCAAAUGGUCAACAGAGGAUAUUCACAAACAUUAACGAACAAUGUGUUAGAAGAACUAAACUCAAGGGCAAGUGAGCUAUCACCAAACAUUUGUCUGUCUCCAUCUAAUACUAUGUCAACAACAAGUGCGAGUCGAAGAAACAAAAGGUACUCUGGAAUCCACAGAGCUAAAUUCAACAAAAUGGAAUCGAUAUCAAAUCACUACUCCGUCAAGGAUAGGGAUGCCGAUUCUAGUAUUAAUAGAAAUGAUGUGGGCAAGAGAAACUUGGCCAAUAUGGAUAUCAUCAAUAAAAAACGAAGAACCUUGACGGGAAUGGAACAGACAUUGAAACUGUCUCCCGUAAAAUAUACCGUUCCACAGAAUAGUUCUCCUAUUAAGGAAUCACCCCAGAGUAGUCCAAUAAAAAGAAUUUCACCAUCGAAGAAAUCUAUGAAUCUUAACAAGUUAUUAAACGAGGGUGAAGGUAAGAGAUCCACGUCUUUAGGAAUGGCCGGAGUCUCUCCAACAAGAGCACUGUCCGUACUGACUAUCCCUAAGUUAGCUAAACCGACUCUGAUACAAAAGGAUAGUCAUAGUUCGUCUCCACGCAUCAAGCAUUCAAUCCCUAAAUUGCAUGCUACGAAGCUCACAAGUCAGGAGAAUAAAGAGAAUGCACCAAUACCCAGACCACCAUCUUCAAAAUCGCAAAAUUUGUCAUUUAAUACCACAUUGCAAAACAAUCCAGCAUUAUCGAACAGGCAACAGAUCCCGACACUUUCACAUAAGCUGUCUAUACCAUCAUUAUCACAAAAACUGACAAUACCAAAGUUAUCUCAUAAACUGUCAAUCCCAAAAUUAUCUCAUAAACUGUCAAUCCCGUCCCUUUCUCACAAGCAGUCAUCAUCGACAUUCCAAAAACCUCCAACGCCAUUAUCAAAAUCUAAAUCUUCAUAUCAUGAUUCAAUUAGGCUGAUACCCAUACAAGAAAAGCAGGCAUUUCCUAAAUCGAAUUCCACAAAUCUUAGUGCUCAACAACCUAAACGGUACACAAUUCCAAAGCCAUUCUCCUUAUAUAACAAGCCUACUAUUUCUUCAUCUCAAAAAUCUUUAAACAAAUUUCAAAGAUUUAAAGACAAAUUUAAUUGA